UACUAAUCUCCUGGCCAAGCUCAUGUUGGAUUUUUAAUUAUUUAUUGAAAAAUAAAUGGAAAAAUAGCGAAUCAUUUUUAGUUGAGUACAAACUCGAGAAACAUUGUACAAACAAUAGAAUCAUUUAAUUUUUCGAAGAGAAAUCACUUGGCUUUUUGUUGCUGCCAGACGCCAGGAUCGACGGUGGCGUCUCCUCCAAGACAAAAUGGCCGCUGCGUUCCCUCGUGGCGUCUGCACGAACUUGUUCCCUUUUUACCAAGUAAUGUCCAUGUAUCCGUAUCUUGGUCGCCAUUGUUCAUAGUGCUCCAACAGUCAAACAAAGUGGAAGGGGAACAGAACCGAACUCAAGGAGUGAACAGAUAAGCUCAUAUACCUGUGUUGAAGUGUUUUGUGAUUAAACUCUGAAAAUUUUCUUUUUUAAUAGUUAAAGUGAAAAAUAUAUAUUUUUAUGCCGAUAAACUCAUAAAAAUUGUGAUCAUUUAUUAGUGAUAAAGCCCUAGUUUUAACGAGGGAGAACAAUGGGGGUACCAAAGUUCACGAGAUUUAUUUGUGAGAGGUAUCCCUGCCUCUUGGAGGUGUUGAAUGACUAUCAGAUUCCAGAGUUUGAUAAUUUAUACUUAGAUAUGAAUGGCAUUAUUCAUUGCUGUUCACAUCCUAAUGACGCCGAUGCACACUUUCGUAUAACUGAAGAGACUAUUUUUAAAAAUAUAUUUCUCUACGUGGAGUUACUUUUUCGCACGAUAAAACCACAAAAGUUGUUCUUCAUGGCUGUCGAUGGUGUUGCACCGCGUGCCAAAAUUAAUCAGCAGAGAUGUAGAAGGUUCACGUCUGCCAAAGAGGCCGAAGUUAUUGAGGCUAAGGCACGUGCUAAGGGCGAAACAUUACCAGAGGGUGAGAGAUUUGACUCCAAUUGUAUCACCCCUGGAACGAAGUUCAUGGCCACAUUGAAUGAACAACUGAGGUAUUUUGUUAUUUACAAAAUAUCUACUGACAAACUAUGGCAGAAGUGCAAAAUUGUCUUGAGUGGACCUGAGGUUCCAGGUGAGGGUGAGCAUAAGAUAAUGGACUACAUUCGCUACAUGAAAUCCCAGCCAGAUCACGACCCCAACACCCGUCACUGUCUCUACGGUCUCGACGCAGACCUGAUAAUGCUCUCUCUGUGCACCCACGAGCCUCAUUUUGCAGUCCUCCGGGAGGAAGUGAAAUACGGUAGAAGCAAUCAGAAGGCUGUGGCACCUCUGGAAAAUACAAAAUUCACUCUCCUCCACAUUUCCCUCCUCCGAGAGUACCUGGAGCAUGAGUUCGAGUGCCUCAAGUCCUCCCUUCCGUUUCCCUUUGACAUAGAAAAAAUAAUCGACGACUGGAUACUGAUGGGUUUUCUCGUGGGCAACGAUUUCAUUCCUCACCUCCCCAACCUCCACAUCGUUAAUGGUGCCUUUCCAGCCUUGUACCAGGUGUACAAGGAAACCCUUCCCACCCUGGACGGCUACAUCAACGAAGCUGGAACCCUGAAUCUCCCUAGAUUCGAAAAAUUUAUGGAGAAGCUCUCGAGUCUCGACGUGAAGAAUUUUUGCGAGCAUCAAGCGGACCUCAAGUUCUUCGAGGCUAAAACAGGUCGUCGUCCUUCCGAUAAUGACCAACCCACUCCCAGCAAAGACAUCCCCGAUGACAAUCCCCCGAAGAAGUCCUUCCAAAAGGACCUGGAGAGUCUGAUUCAAUCCACUGAGGACAUGCUCCUAGGCCACUCCGACGAAGAAGACGAUUUUAUCGACACCGACGACUCUGAUAAUGACACGUACGCACUGGAAUUUCGCCAGCACAAGCACGACUACUACGUCAAUAAAUUGGAUAUUGAUAAAGUUGAUGAUGAUGUGAUGAGACAGCAGGCUGAGGCGUACGUCACAGCAAUUCAGUGGAUUCUUCACUACUAUUACGACGGCUGUUGUAGCUGGUCGUGGUACUAUCCCCAUCACUACGCCCCUUUCAUGUCAGACAUAAAAGAUUUCAAGGAUUUGAAAUUUAAUUUUGAAUUGGCAACACCAUUUCUCCCUUUUCAACAGCUGUUGGCUGUGUUACCAGCUGCCAGCAGAAAACUCCUCCCCGAGCCUUAUCAGGAUCUCCUGACUGAGGAGGGAUCACCCAUCAUCGAGUAUUACCCGGGAGACUUCAAAACUGAUCUCAAUGGGAAGAAACAGGAGUGGGAAGCUGUUGUACUGAUACCAUUCAUCGAUGAGAAAAGCCUUUUGAAGGCUAUGGAGCCCGGCAAUGCUAAACUGACAGCUGUUGAACAGAAAAGAAAUCGUCAUGGGCCCAUGAGCAUCGUCACGUACACAGAGGAGAAUCUGGGGGUGAUAACAGCACCAGCUUACUUUCCCACGAUUGAGAAUCAUGCCAGGAUCAGUCUGGUGUAUCCCAGGGAGAUAGAUGUACCCAGGGAGAAGCUCAAGAAGGGACUCCUCAAUGGGGCCAAGUUGAGUGUUUAUUUUCCAGGAUUUCCUACGUUACAGCACAUCUCGCAUCAGGUGGAACUUGACAAGUGCAGUGUCAAGGUGUUCGAACAGGCGUCGAGGAAUGAAAACAUGAUGAUUACGAUUCUACCUAAGGAGGCUCCUGGAAUUAAUGAACUUGCGAGCGACCUCCUGGGGAAAACGGUGUUCAUCAAGUGGCCAUAUUUGCUACAGGGUUAUGUCGUUGAAGUGUCGAAUUUAUCCAGACAGUUGUUCUUGAUUGAUCCUAACAAGGGGUACAGUCCUGAUAAUGUCAAAAUGGUGGAUUUCCAGAAGUGGGGGGAGACCCAGUGGAAGGCCGAGGCACGUUCUGUCUCCAACAAUUACAAAACUAGAUAUGGAAUAAUAGUUGGAGAUAUCGAGGCUCUUGUACGCGUGCGAACACUCAUCGGCUGGAGGUACACUAUGACAUCCCAGAAUCGAAUGUCUCUGGAGCGAGAAUGGUCUAGCACAUCCCUGUACUUUCCUUAUCACACAAUCGUUCGUGAUAUCGAGGUGGAGACCGCCAAGAACACAUCCCAUAAAAAUAUUUCUGACAUAUACACUCCUAAGAGUGUCUGCUUCAUGCUGGGACAUCCUCACUACGGGGCUAUGGGGGAAGUUGUGGAGCCAGGGGUCAAUCACAAGACUGGAAGGGUCAAAGUCGCCAUGAAUAUCACAUCUGAACCGGAAUUUUCAGCUCUUCAACGACAGCAGGAGCAGAUAAAGAUGCAGUACAUGGCUGGCUCAAUUGCUGCACAGAGGCUGGGCAUCAGUAGCCACUUGUUGAGUAGAAUCACAGGUUCAAUUUUUGUUCAGCCAAAUUCCUCGGAUAAUAAGAAGAAACAGCAUAAUGUUGGAUUGAACCUGAAAUUCAAUAAGAGAAAUGAGGAACUUCCUGGUUACACGAAAAAAAUGAAUGGCCAGUGGAUGUACAGUUCAAAAUCAGUGGGCCUCAUACGAACAUACAUGCAGCAUUACCCGCAGCUCUUCGAGAAGCUCGUGGAGAACGUCGGAAAAGACAUCUUCAGUGAAGACGAUUUAUUCUCAUCAGAUGAUAAUGAAUUAAUGGACGUAGUGAAGUGGCUGAAGGAGCAGCCCUUCAGGUCAGUUGAGAGUCGUAGUUUUGAUUACCAGGGACUGGAUCCUGAGAUUAUUACUCAAUUGCAGACAUACGUGGAUAAAUUUGUUGAGAAGAAUGAGAAUAGUGCAAAAACGGUUAUCAUGCAAGUUAAGCCACAUUUGUUAUUUAAACCCGGUAUCAACAAUGGAAAUGUACCACCCGAUACACAAGCUAAACAUCGAGUAUUUGAUAGAAUAAUAUCGGUUAAGGAGAACUCGAGUGUUCCGCUUGGUUACAAGGGGACUAUUAUCAAUAUUCAGAAAGCUGAAGAGAGCAGUGAUAUUGUUUAUGAUAUUUUGUUUGAUAAAUAUUUUAUCGGUGGAAUAUCUUUCAAUGGUGGUGCCAAUUCUCGUAGAUUUAGACUUUAUGAUGCUGAGUUUAUCAAUAUCAGUCAUGGAAUGAGAACUGAACAGGAUAUUGCUGGAAUUGUUAAUACGCCUGAUAAAACAGUGAAGAAGAAACAGAGUGGAGUUGAUGGAGCACAAAACAGUGCUUUUGCCUCGUUCAAUUCCCAGGGAAAGUUUUAUACUGUUACGGGAAAGGAAAAGAAGCAGAAUCAGAGUCAGGGGACUGGACAGGUCAAGGUUAUGAAGAAGAAUCAGGCGCAGGGGGCCACGAAGGAGGCGGCAAGGGCUGACAGGAAAGAUGGGAAGGGACAGGCCGCGAAGAAACCUGAGGCUCCUGCGGUGGUUGCAGAGAGCAGGAAGAACGAGCCCAAUACUGAGUUCCAGCAGCUGUGGAAUGAACUGCAGAAAACUACGACUCCCAGCAAUCCGAAGCCUGUGAUACCACCAUUCGCACAGAUGAGACUACCUCAGGUACCGUUGUCACAGCCACCAUUGCCCUCUGCUGUGCCAGACGCACCACAAGACCCAAGCGCCUUCUUGAAGGCUAUCCUGGGGAUAUCAGACGACAAGGCCAGUGAUCAAUCAAAGCCACCAGCAAUCAACCGAGUACCUUUCACAUUCCCACCAACACCACCAGCUCCAACAUCUAAUGUCCCAACGUCGAAUGCCCCAACUCUGGUGCAACAGAUGUUCGAUCGUGCGAGACAAGCAGGUAAUGAAAAUGUCUCUUACUGCGCUCGUCUGUUGAAUCACUUCCAGUUGAUGGGCAUUGGAAUGCCGAGAUAUUUCUACAGUACCCAGAAGAACCUUCUCCACGCCCAGAUUAUCCUCCCAGAUCUGCGAACAUUCUACGGUGAUUUGUGUACGACAUAUGAAUUGGCAGCUGAGAGUGCAGCAAAAAAAGUCUACACUGAAUUAAACCUUGACAAUGCACCAAAGCCACGUCCUUACUUCGAUCUACAGCCCCUAAAUGCCUGUUUGAAUGUCCAGCCACCAGUGAAUGUGCAACCACCAGUGAUGAUGUCUCCCCGAUCAUUUCCUGAGGCACAAAAACCACCAGUUAGACCUCCAGCGAACUGGAAUGUCAGAAUGCCCCAGCAGGGCUUGUGCUUCAAUCAGAUGGCUCCACCCAUGAUGGGCCCUUCAAUUCCACCAUUAAUGUCAUCAGGAACCUCGCAGGUUGAGGUUAAACCUGACGUAAAGCAGAGUGCACCAUUUGUACCACUUCAAGCACAGAAACGGAAACGUACACGUCAUCCUAAGAAUAAAUCCCAGGAAACACCUCAGUGUAGCAAGGAGUCGAUCCCUCUCAAGCCACAGAAUACAAAACCCAAAGAGAACUCUCCAAAGAUAUCAAAGGAUGAGAAAGCUACGAAGGAGAAUGAACAGGGAAAAGGGGGAAAGGAUAAUACAACAAUUGCACAAAAGAGCCACAAGAAUCCUAGACCGAGGAGAUCCAGAAUUGCUGCGAAUUUUGGAUCUUCGGCGGCCAAUGGUGGUGAUAAAUAAAUCAAUCGAGUUUUGGAUUAUUAUUUUUUAGAAAAUGGGUGAUCAAUGACUUUCCGGAGGUCUCAGGGGUGGAUAGAAUGGUGAAGUGACUUUGAGAUAUUUUUUUUUUGAGAUAAUGAUGGAUUGAUAGUUUUUUGGUAAUUUUUUAUAAAAAGCAAAAUCACCGGCUGUGAAGAUAAUUCUGGGAUUCAAUUUGGAGGUCAGAUGUUUGUGAUUGAAGAGAAUGAUUGUAGACAAUUUUCAGUAGAAUUGGACUUUACCUGUGGUUUUUUAAAAAAUGUUCUACAGCAGAAAACUGAAAUUCAGUUUCACAGAAAUUUCAGUUCCUCAAAAAUUGUUAUCUUCAUGACUGGUGAUGCGACUUUUUUGUUAAAAGAAUUUACACAGGUUUUUCAUGAAAUACUCAUUGUUAAGAUAAUUUUCAUAUUUAUCCAAAGGGGAAAAUUUUGAAACAGACAAAUAUCUGCAAAAUUUGAUAUCCAUCCUAAUAAUUUUGAAAUUAUCUUAUAGAAGACUUUAGAGGGAAAUUUUGAAGACAGUUUUAUAGAGGAAUAAUCUCCUAAGUACAGUUUAACUACUAUUUAUCAUGUUCUUCUACAAUUAGUAGUGAAAAAAAUGUUUCUGAUAAUCUUGAGAUAGAAAAAAUUAUUUCACCACUUCACUGUUACAUGACAUCCCGAAAUCUCAUGAAACAAACCAGUGUAUCAUUAUUUUUUCUUACAAAUCAUAAAUGAGAGAUUUUUUUGUUCUAAACGUCAGAAUGGGUUUUCAAUUGUGAAGAGUUUGAUAGAAUUUCUUGUUCCAGUCAGCUUUCACUCAAUUGACCUCAUUCAAUCGUAUAUUUUACUGAUAUUUUGAUUUUCACCACUUUACGAAUGUAAACGCGACGUUUAGUAUUAUGGAUUUUUGAUAUUAUUAUUAAAAACAUGUAAAUUACAUUUUUUUAUUUAUUCAUACAUCUUCUAGUUUUUGUGUCAAAUCAAAGCUCCAGUGUAUGUGGUAAAAGUGAUAAAUUUUUUUUUUCUCUCAAGAUUCUUUUGUAUUUUCUUAUAAAAAAAAUGGAAGCUGUGUUUUAAUUGAAAAUUACAAUCAUGUGCAUAUGAUAUUGACGAAUGUAAAUUUUCUAAACUUCAUGUGCUGCCAGUACUGAUAAGAUAUCAGAGUAUCAUUUAAAAAAAUGUUCACCUUGAUUUACUGAACUUUGAAAUGAAAUUAAAAGGAAAAUAGAUCCAUAUGCUUUCUCAUUUUAUUUUGUAGAAUCAGUGGAAUAUAAAUAAAUAAUCACAAAGUACAA